AUCAAUAACUCUUAUCUCGUUUAAUGUCGAUUCUUUGGUCGUUCAGUUCAUAUGAAUAUGCGAUUAGAAACACAUACACACGUCACAAAACCUAUAUUAAAAAGAAGCGGAGCUGUGGCUCUCAUUCCAGUCGUGGCUUCCAAACGAAACUGUUUCAAUAAUGGCUCUACCGAAAGAUAAUCUGUCCGCCGUUCUGUACGGCAUCAACGACAUCAGACUUGAACAAAGACCGAUACCUGUUCCGAAGGACAACCAGGUCCUUUUGGCCAUGGAUGUAAUUGGAAUCUGCGGAUCAGAUGUUCACUACCUAGUGCACGGCCAAUGUGGCCCAUUCAUUUUGAAGGACCCAAUGGUAAUUGGUCACGAAGCAGCAGGUACUGUAGUAAAAUGCGGAAAGGCCGUCAAAAACCUCAAACCGGGCGACCGAGUGGCCAUCGAACCCGGCAUUUGCUGCAGACAAUGUAGCUUCUGCAGAGAAGGCAACUACCAUCUCUGCAAGGACCUGACCUUCUGCGCAACUCCCCCGGACGACGGUAACCUCGCCAGAUACUACGUGCACGACGCCGACUUUUGCUUCAAACUGCCCGACAACAUGGAUUUGGAGGAGGGAGCCCUAAUGGAACCUCUGUCGGUCGGAGUGCACGCGUGCAAGAGAGGAAACGUCAGAAUCGGCUCUGUUUGCCUGGUUUUGGGCGCCGGACCAAUCGGUUUGGUGACUCUCCUGUCCGCCAAAGCUAUGGGCGCAUCCAAAGUCAUCAUCACCGACAUCGUACAACACAGACUGGACUUGGCCAAGAAGUUGGGCGCUGACUACACCCUUCUCAUUCAGAAGGGCUGGACUGACGUCGACAUCGUGGAGAAAGUUAAGGAGUUGCUCGGUGAAGAACCCACACAAUCAUUCGAUUGCACAGGCCAAGAACAAUGCGUCAGAGUUGCAGUAUCUGCCACUAAGUCUGCCGGUACGGCUGUGCUAGUCGGCAUGGGCAAGACCGAAAUGACCCUUCCACUUGCUGGCGCCUUAGUUAGGGAAGUCGACAUCAGAGGUGUCUUCAGAUACAACAACGAUUAUCCCACAUCCAUUGAAAUGGUCAAGACUGGCAAAGUUAACGUGAAGCCACUCAUUACACAUCAUUUCACUCUUGAGCAAACUGUGCAAGCUUUUGAGACUGCGAAGACUGGUGCUGGAAAUCCCGUGAAGAUUCUUAUCCACGCCAACCCCAACUGGAAGCCAUCCUAAAUUUUUAAUAAACGUUAUGUAUUCUUUUUUAUAAACAUUAUUGGUUUGUUAUGUUACUUUGUAAAUUAAUCGUUUUAAGGCACUUUUAUACUUUGCUUACAUUAAAUAUUUGCAAUAGUA